CAUCAUUCCACAAAAGUUUCCUAUAAAACACCCACUUUUCAUUCCCACUUUCACUCCCGCCUCACCCCCACUUUCACCAACUCAAACACGAUGGCUGAGCCUUUUGACGCCAACACCGCCGGCAACGCAGAGGAAAUCGAGAUGCAGUUCGCUGUCAAGACUGUCGAGCACCUCGAAGCCUACGAAAAGAUCCUCCAAACAAUUCCUCCGAAACUCAUCAAAUUCACCCCUAUCGACGACGAACUGUACAACAACUUGCUCGACGAGUUCCCUGAAUUCAAGUUUGAGGAAAACUUGCGAGAAUUGAACGAGGAUGAGAUGAAAUCUGCAAAGGGCAAGGAGCGAUGGAGGAGGUUCAUCAUGCCCUACGAGAAGCGAGUGACAGAUUACAACUUUGGCACCCUUAUCCGACGACGAUCAGAUGAACUCUACACCCAGGAUAACUCUAUACUUAUCACCCGUGUGCAAUUCUUCGCCAUCGAGAUUGCCAGGAAUAGGGCUGGUUUGAACGAAGCAGUGUACCUUGCCGCCCAGGCGAAAAAGGCUUAAAUGAUCCUGUAGAUGUACAAUACAUAUGCAUUAAUGGACUACCG